CUUUCUCAUUUGCAAGCUUGUGAAAGAUACAAAGACAUGUCAAUUCACACUGCAAAAAAAGAAAAACGAUUUCUUUUUACCUCAGAAUCUGUUGCUGAAGGACAUUCUGUUCUGCAGAUAUGCAACCUUUCAAACACGUACUUUGGAAGUAAUAACAUGGAUUGCUUUUACCUGGUUCCGUUUACAUUAACGAGAUAUAAUCAAUUUGUCCACGAAAUUGUUCAUUAACUUUUAACAAGCCAAAUGUGUUUGGCAUACUGAGGUCUUAUUUGGACAACGGGUCACAGGUGCUAAAGACAGAAUAGAUAAGAUAUGUGAUCAGAUAAGUGAUGCUGUCGUAGAUGCUCAUCUCAGUAUUGAUCCAGAUGCCAAGGUUGCCUGUGAGUGUGUAGCAAAAACUGGAAUGAUUUUGCUCUGUGGAGAGAUCACAUCCCGAGCUAUAGUAGAUUACCAACAAAUUGUGAGAGAGACCCUUAAGAGGAUAGGAUAUGAUGACUCUUCCAAAGGACUGGACUAUAAGACUUGCACAGUUUUAGUGGCCUUGGAACAGCAGUGUAAAGAGAUCAAGGAUGCUAUCUCCCAUGGCAAGUGUGAUGAUGACAUUGGAGCAGGGGAUCAGGGUUUGAUGUUUGGCUAUGCUACUGAUGAAACUGAGGAAUGUAUGCCCUUAACAAUCCUCCUGGCACACAAACUAACUGCAACUAUAAGGGCUCUGGAACGGAAUGGAACGUGGCCUUGGGUUAGACCAGAUGGGAAAACACAGGUCACAAUGGAAUACAAGGAGUGUAAUGGCACACUGGAGCCCAUCCGAGUGCACACACUGGUGAUUUCAGUAAAUCAUGCCCCAGACAUAACACUGCAACAAAUACAGAAGGAGCUAAUGGAGAAAGUUGUUAAAAAAGUCAUUCCAGAGAAGUAUCUUGAUGAGGACACCAUUUAUCAUCUCCUUCCAAGUGAAAAGUUUAUAGAAGGUGGUCCUAAGACCGAUGCUGGACUGACUGGUCGGAAGAUCAUUGUUGAUACAUACGGAGGCUGGGGAGCCCAUGGUGGAGGUGCAUUCUCUGGGAAAGAUCCCUCCAAAGUUGAUCGUUCUGCAGCCUACGCAGCUCGCUGGAUUGCAAAAUCUCUGGUGAAAGCUGGUCUGUGUAAAAGGGUACUAAUCCAGCUAUCAUAUGCUAUCGGUCUGAGUUGUCCUCUUGCGAUCUCAGUGUUUCAUUAUGGAACAUCAGACAGAUCUGAAGAAGAACUGCUUGAAAUUGUCCAGAAAAACUUUGAUCUGCGCCUUGGAGCUAUCAUAAGGGAGCUGGAUUUGAAGAGGCCAAUCUAUCAAAAAACAGCAUGCUAUGGGCACUUUGGAAGAGAAGAAUUUGCAUGGGAAAUACCCAAAAAGCUUGUGUUUUAAGCUUUUCAAAACAUUUCAUAUUAUUGACAGGGGGCUUAAUAACCAGGUAAAAUUUUAAGCAGUUCAAGAAAAGACUGUAUGUACACUUAAAUGACAUUCUGUAGUUAAUAGACAUACUAAAAAUUAUUUGUAUUUGAUUUCUAACUUUCACAGUGGCCUUACGCUUCAAAUGCAUGUAGCUCUAUCUAAUAUAGUCUUCAGCUUUGUCUUUGGUAAUAUGUGAACAAUUUAGGCAUUUGACUGUGAUCAGAUAUAAAGUGCACUGAUGGUUGUGGAAGUUGAUGCCAUUCCUAUUCUGCCAGGGCAGCCCACUAUUGCUUACCCCGUUAAAUUUGUACUGAAGAGGAUGAAGUUGGAGAGGUAACUUCAAGAGCUCCCCACGAGAGGAAAGCAGAAAUAGCACAAACUGCCAUAAUUAUUUGGGCCAGGUCUUCCAAGACUAUAGCUUUAGUUUAAGUACUUUAGUGAAUUUUAAGCAAAUUAGUAAAAAUACCCAUUUCUUAUCAUUAGUCACUGUAACCUUAAAAAUACCUAGCUAUGAGGCAGUGUUAUUUGUUUGCUUUUAACAUUACAUAUCUGUGAAAACUGAUGAACUCCUAUGUUGUAAUUCUUUUGUUCAUUUAUAGUUACUCCUUCUCAAACUUGAGUUUUCCAUGUCUGCAUGAAUUGGGAUUGGCUGUAUAAAUUUUCAAUUAAGUUUAAUUUAGCAACUUCUGAAAUGUAAAAAAAAAAUGUUGUAAAAAGCACUUAGAGGGCAUGACUUUCCUUUUAAUUCUCUGGAUGAAAACAUAAAUGGAGAGAGAGAGAAUGCAAAAUCAUUUAGCUUUUCUUCAAGGACUACAGAGAAUGAAAAGACUUGCAAAUGGAAAUUAGCAAUUCUGACAAGCAAAUUCAUCAUUAAAUUGGUAACUAAGACAGAAUGUUGGAGUGAUGUAGCUACUCUUAAUACCAGGGAGUUUUGAUAAACAAUUAAGCAAUAAGGUUCCCUCACCCCUGUUAAUGGAAAAAUAAAGGCUUCAGUGAUAAGUCUAAUCAAAUGCAAGCAGUUGAAUAUAACAUUAGCCUCAAGCAGGUUUUAAAAAGCUGCUUCCUUUCCUGCAAAGACUGAUCAAUCCAUUGCUCCUUGGAUAGACCGGAGCUGAAGUGAGGUCACUGUACAACUGUACCUGUGUCUCACCUGGCCUGGUGCAGUUAACCCAAUCUAGCACAGUAACUGCUGCAGUCCUUGUGACCUACAGAUGAGGCACUUAUUUUUUUCCAUUAGAAAACCAAAUGCAAUUCUUUUGUGGGCAUUUUUUGCAUUUUUUAAAUUUUUUUUUAUUUAAUGACAAUUUUCCUUUUUAUCACAGGACCCUGGACCUUAUCUUUGCCUGAAACUAAUCACAUUUAGUAUGCAUAUGGUCUUGUAGGCAUAAAGCAUAGCAUUAAACUUCAUUAGAAUUUGCUCAAAUUGGUAUUUUCUAGAAAAUAGUAGUGCGCCUUGCUAAUUCUGAAAUGUCAAAAUAAUAAAGUAUUAAAAAAUGUUUUAAUAAAUAGUGGCACGAAAUUAAAAUGGCAAGGGAUUGCAGAGAUCACUAUACACUAGCAAUUUCAGUAAAUGGGCAUAUGGUGUCAUUUUAACAAGUCUCAAUUUCACUGUCAUAAGACUUCACCCUUCCAAAGUUAAAUAGAGCUUUGUUAAGAAGCUGUCAUGCUUUGUUUCUCAUGCAAGAAGAGCAUUUUGAUGAAAUGUCUUUUGUUAAAUUGAAUGAGGAAAUUAUUUGUUCAGUGGAGGUGUCUGUUAAUCGCUGCUCACUGUCAAACAAACAAAACACAAACAAACAAGCCCCCACAAAACCCCCACGGUGUACUUCCGACAGUAAGAACACAUUCCUGCAAGACUUCUUUCACCUUGCUUUCUGACUUCAGAGUUGAAGACAUUUUCUUCAAGAAAUUGGAUAGAUUACUAAGCUUUCCUUCCCCUUGUCAUUGAUUGGUGUUCCAAAGUAGCCAGGAGUACCACCUGCUGAAGAAAUCCCUAAAUAUGGAUUGGAACAGGUACAGUGUACAUUAAGGCUCUAGAGAUCCUGUCUAAAAAUUUCAGUGAGUUUUCUAAUGACUAGUGAAUUAAUUUUAUUUAUGGAGGGUAGCUAAUUUGCCCUAUGUAAAAAAACUCUUAAAAAACAGAAAAAAGACAUAUGCCCUGUUUGAAACCAGCAAAUAGAGAAAAGAUACCUCUGCUAAGUUUGUAUUGUCUAGUCCAAAGCCAGACACAAAACUAUUGCUCCACAAAACUAGCGAAAUAAUCUUUUUUUGAAUGAUUGGCGCGUUCUCUCAUUACCAUUCUGGAAAAGAAUGACUUAAACUAGAACCUAAACUGUAAAAAAGGGUUCCCCAAAUCAGAUAUAAACUUUAACACGGCAGAUUGCUGAAAAAUUCGCUAAAUUCAAAUGUAGCCUCCAUCCAGGGAUCAACUGAAAUAUCUUUAUUUAUUUAUUUAUUGAACUUGCUGUUUUAAUAUCAAAUGCAUAGGGUCUUAUUUGAAAUAUGUGGUUACAAUGUAUUAUAAAAAUCUCCCAGUAUAUAGCAGGUCAUAAUCUGCAUAAGAAAAAAAAUUGU